AUGCCCGACCAAUCAAUGCUUCCAAUGUUCGAUAACUCUAGGAACAAACCAAACUAUCUUACUUCAACAUCUCUUUAUGGUGGAAAUGUUGACGUUGUAGAAGAGUGGGAUUCAGUUGCUCCACCGCCAUAUAAAGUUGUGAGCACUGUAAUUCGCGCUUCAAAUACAGUGCAUGAUGUUGAAGAAAAAGUUAUUUCUGCCAUCAAAGAAAGUGAUACAAUGAAAGAUAAGCUUUAUAUACAUGAAACAGACAAACAACCUAAAGAAUCUGACAGUAUCUCCAGUUCCAUGCCUGACGGAACCAACGAAAUUAACAGUAACUCUGAAGGGAUGACUCGGAACGAUAAAAUUGCAGAAAAGAGCAUAAUUACACGUAACUCUUCAGCAUGUUGUUUUCUAAGCAUAAAUUCGACUGUUACAGUUACAGUAGGAUUCACGAACCACAUAUCCAGUAAUAUAUCCAGUAGUAUGAACAACACUUUUGAAAAAAUUCAGAACAAAUUAGGUCACGGGGAAUUUGCGUCAGAUUUGCGAAUUAUCGAUCUAGUGGAAAUUUUUAAUACUUUAGCUAUCUUAAUAGCUCCUACUUUGUCUUCUGAUGUAACUAACCCAACUCACUAUCCUUUAUUAUUAGAUAAUUCUACAUUCGGAAGUGCAAACAGUGAAUUUUUCAAUGAAGUUGAUGCGCGAUCUGUUAGGAAUUUUAAUGAGAAAAUGCUGGAUAGAACAUUCUCACGAAAAUAUCGUACUGAGGACGAAGCGGAAAUAAGUCAUAUGAGGGAAAGGGAGGGGCGUACAGAUGAUAAACAUUCUGUCAGGAAUAUAAAUGUUAGUGAUUAUGCAGUUGUCAAAAAUGGGCGAGAUCAUGAAGAUUUUGGAAGAAAUUCGAAAUUAGAUCCGCAAAUGAUUCCCAGGUCAGAGUUCGCAAAAAACGGUAUCAAUGAAGAAAACAGAAUGAAUGGUUGUGGGGUUAAUCACAUUGAUACUUCGAAGGAAGAAGAUUUGGAACAGCGGAGGUCAUUAAAUUGCAAAACAGUGAAUGAAAGGAAGCUCUGGGAGCCACGGGAUGGAACUAAUGAAAAAUACAACGAAGAAGGUGAAAAAGAUGGCAAAUCCCCGGUUCUGAUACAUUUUGAGAGAACUCUCUGGGAGAAAUUGCUUGCAGGUCUAAAAUGUUCCCAGAGAGAUUGCAAAGAGGCACUAAGACCUACGGAAAGUGUUCGCAGAUACUUAAUUGAACCGUCAAUAAGUCGUGCCAGAAAACACAGCAGCGUGCAGUCGUAG